AUGCCGGAAUCCAUACCUGUCGAGCAGCAACUCGCAGUACAAUCGAUAAGAAGAUUUCUGAAAUCGAAGACCUCCUACGAUGUUCUACCGGUAUCAUACCGAUUGAUCGUGAUGGACACAUCUCUACUGGUGAAGAAAUCGCUGAAUAUCCUUCUGCAGAAUAACAUCGUGUCUGCGCCGCUUUGGGACUCACACACGUCGAAAUUCGCCGGUCUGCUGACGUCGUCGGACUUCAUCAACGUCAUCCAGUACUAUUUUUCAAACCCAGAUAAGUUUGAGCUCGUGGAUAAGCUGCAACUGGACGGGCUCAAGGAUAUAGAACGUGCGAUUGGCGUCAGACCGCUCGACACUGGUUCGAUUCACCCUUUCAAACCGUUGUAUGACGCAUGUUGCAAAAUGAUCGAAUCGCGCAGCCGUAGAAUACCGCUUAUUGAUCAGGACGAGGAAACGCACCGCGAGAUCGUUGUGAGCGUGCUAACACAGUAUCGGAUUCUCAAAUUCGUGGCGCUCAAUUGUCGCGAAACCCGUCAUUUGAGAAGACCUAUCGGAGAAUUGAACAUCAUAAGCAGAAGCGAAUUAUUGAGCUGCAACAUGCAUACGCCGGUCAUUGACGUCAUCCAGCUGCUGACGCAAGGCGGCGUAUCCAGCAUUCCGAUUCUGGACGACCAGCGGCGGCUGGUGAACGUGUACGAGGCGGUAGACGUGCUGGGACUGAUCAAAGGCGGGAUGUACAACGAUUUGUCGCUCAGCGUGGGCGAGGCACUCAUGAGACGGUCCGACGACUUUGAGGGCGUGUAUACGUGCACCAAACACGACAAGCUAUUCACGAUCAUGGACACAAUCCGCAAAUCUCGGGUGCAUCGCUUUUUCGUGGUCGACGACCAGGGUCUGUUGACGGGUGUUUUAACGCUGAGCGACAUUCUGAAGUAUAUUCUGUUUGAGGAGAACUAG